AUUUUGGUUUCAAUUCAAACAAAUGCAUUUUUAACGUUUUAGUGAUGAUUUCCAGGCCUUGUUAGUAAAACGUGUUCGUUUUGAUUCAUGGCUUUAUAGAGUCGCUGGUUAAAGUAGAAGCUGUGUAAGUGGAAAUUAUAGUAGUUGAUGUGAGAUCAGGAAUGGCAGAGGCACAGCAGGCUCGCGUGCAGAAGGCAGUGGAGGACAUGGUUCAGAGUCUGGAGAAAGAUCACAUCCGGAAGAUGCAGGGCCGCAUGUUCCGCUGCAGUGCAGAGUGUUGUGAGCGUCCUGGUGAAUCCAUGAAUCAGGUGCACCAGUGUAUAGAGCGCUGCCACACACCGCUGGCUAAAGCUCAAGGACUGGUCACUAGUGAGCUCGAGCAGUUUCAGGAUCGUCUCACGAGGUGUACGAUGAACUGUAACGACAAAGCCAAGGACCUGUUUGACUCCGGGGCGAAGGAGCCUGCUGUGCGGGCGCUGAUGGACAGGUGUGUGAGCAGUUGUGUGGACGAGCACCUGAACCUGCUGCCCAGUAUGAUGCGCAGACUGAAGGACAGCUUGAACUCAAUACCUCAGUGAAGCUCAGAUUAUGGUCGAGGCUGUAGAAUAUCAUUCUCGUGGACUCGCUGGUUUACUAGAAAGAUUUGCUUUCGAGAAUGUUGCUCUUUGCUGUCACCUCAUUGUGAGUUUUUGGUGAGUGGAAUGUGUUGAUUACUGUCUGUAAAUGUUUGUGGCUUUUGUACAGACAAUAAAUGUGAUGAAAUCAA